CCUUAAAAAUCCUGUCCUUCAAAGCCAAUGGAGCUUCCUUUUCCCUCCUUGCUAGUUGUGCUUUCUUCCUUUCUCUUAUUGUCAGUCGUAGUUAAAAUAGUAAAGAAAAUGAAAACCAUUGAUUCAACCAAGAAGCUGCCACCAGGGCCAUGGAAAUUACCCUUUAUAGGCAACCUACAUCAGCUAGUUGGCUCACUACCUCAUCGAAUUCUCAGAGAUUUGGCCAAUCAACAUGGACCCUUAAUGCACCUACAACUUGGUGAAAUUUCCACCAUCGUUGUUUCAUCAGCAGAAAUUGCCAAAGAGGUGAUGAUAACACAUGGUAUUAUCUUUGCUGAUAGACCUUAUGUGGCCGCUUUGGAUAUUCUGACUUAUGGUUCUAGGGACAUUGCCAUGGCACAUUAUGGCAAUUACUGGAGACAAAUACGAAAAAUUUGUACUGUGGAGCUUUUAACAGCGAAAAGAGUGCAAUCGUUCGAAUCAUUCAGACAAGAGGAAGUCUCAGCUCUUGUGAAAUCUAUAUCUUCAAACCAAGGAUCGCCAAUCAAUCUCAGCAAGAAAAUAUUUUCCUUGACAUAUAGGAUUACAUCAAGAGCAGCAUUCGGUAACGUAUGUAAUGACCAUGAAUUAUACUCAUCAGUUGUGGAUGAAAUAGUAAAGCUGGGUUCUGGAUUUAGAGUGGCAGACAUGUAUCCGUCUUUUAGAGUGCUUGAACGAAUUAGUGGAUUGAGACAGAAAGCUGAGGCUCUGCUUCAGAAGAGUGAUAAGAUACUUCAAGACAUCAUUAAUGAACACAGAGCCGGUCUGGAGAGUGAAAUAAUAGGUGAAGAAGCCAAGGAAGACUUGGUUACUGUUCUUUUAAAGAUUCAACAACUUGGUGGUCUUGAAUUUCCCUUGACUGACAAGGAAAUCAAAGCAAUCAUCUGGGAUAUCUUUGGUGGAGGGGGCGAAACAUCAUCAACAAGCGUAGACUGGGCAAUGUCAGAAAUGAUGAGAAAUCCAAGGGUGUUAAAAAAGGCACAAAAUGAGGUAAGACAAGUCUGCCAUGGAAAGGGAGAUGUGGACGAAGCAAGUAUUAAAGAAUUAAAAUACUUAGCAUUAGUUAUCAAAGAAACCUUGAGGUUACACCCUCCAUUUCCUUUGUUACUUCCAAGAGAAAGUCGAGAGAAUUGCGAAAUCAAUGGCUACCAAAUUCCUUCCAAGACUAAAGUCAUAAUCAAUGCAUGGGCUAUAGGAAGAGAUCCUAAGCACUGGAGUGAAGCUGAAACGUUUUAUCCUGAAAGGUUCCUCAAUAGUUCCAGUGAUUUCAAAGGAACAGAUUUGGAAUAUAUCCCAUUUGGAGCAGGAAGAAGGAUUUGUCCAGGCAUAUUAUUUGCACUUUCUAACAUUGAGCUGCCUCUAGCAAAAUUGCUUUACCAUUUUGAUUGGGAGCUUCCUAAUGGAACGAGGCAUGAAGAUUUAGAUAUGACUGAAGACUUCGGCGUGACUAUGAGUAGGAAAGAUGAUCUAAUCCUAAUUCCAACCAAUCGUAUCAAUGAAUCUACUGAAUAACAUUUUUCUUUUUGACUAUUUACUGUUAUCCAAAUAAGGAUGUUUUUAUUGUCACAAUAAUUUGUGCUUUCAGCACUAAGAACGUGAGGAUCAAAUUCCGAGAGGGACAUGUUUUAGGUUGCCAAAGUUUUUUUUGUUCCGAGUUCGAACUCAAUUAUCUAUCUUUCAAUUCAUGGUUUUACAAAAA